AUGAAGUCGAUUAAACGUUUGUACUCUAUCCUUAACAAAUCUAGAUACUCGUAUAAAAUAUCGAACGGACUGAAUAGUAUUUCGGAAUCGUGUAACGGAAUCACAGGAAUUACGAGCCUGUUUAACAAGGUGAAUGUGGGAUCCAGGAGAAGCAUAUUUACAUCAUCGAGCAGGUUGGCAAAAGUGCAAGGAGACGUGGUGGGAAUAGACCUGGGAACGACGAACUCGUGUGUAGCAAUCAUGGAAGGCUCGACGCCGAAAGUAAUCGAGAACGCAGAAGGAGCAAGAACGACGCCGUCAAUAGUGGCAUUCACAGAGGACGGACAGCGCCUAGUGGGAGUGGUGGCGAAGCGGCAGGCUGUGACGAACCCGGAAAACACAGUGUUCGCAACGAAGAGGUUCAUAGGAAGGAAGUUUGACGACCCGGAAACGAAGAAGGAGCAGAGCACGCUGCCGUACAAGAUAGUGAGGUCGUCGAACAACGACGCAUGGAUAGAGGCGCAGGGAAAGCAGUACUCGCCGAGUCAAAUAGGAGCGUACGUGUUGGCGAAGAUGAAGGAAACAGCAGAAGCAUACCUGGGAAGGAACGUGUCAAAGGCAGUGAUAACAGUGCCAGCAUACUUCAACGACUCGCAGAGACAGGCGACGAAAGACGCAGGAAAAAUAGCAGGACUGGAAGUGCUGAGAAUCAUCAAUGAGCCGACAGCAGCAGCACUGGCAUUCGGACUGGACAAAAACGACGGGAAGACAAUAGCAGUGUACGACCUGGGAGGAGGGACGUUUGACGUGUCAGUGCUGGAGAUACUGGGAGGAGUGUUUGAAGUUAAGGCGACGAACGGGAACACGUCGCUGGGAGGAGAAGACUUUGACCAAGUGAUACUGAAGUACCUGGUCGACGAGUUUAAGAAGAGCAACGGAAUAGACCUGAAGAAGGAUAAGUUGGCCUUGCAGAGACUGAGAGAGUCGUCAGAAAACGCAAAAAUAGAACUCUCGACGAAGACGCAGACGGAAGUAAACCUGCCCUUCAUAACAGCAGACCAGUCGGGGCCGAAGCACCUGCUGAUAAAACUGUCGAGGUCGAAGCUGGAGCAGCUGACAGGAAGUCUGCUGGAAGGAACAGUGGAGCCGUGCAAAAAGUGCCUGAAGGACGCAGGAGUUAACGUAAAUGAGUUAAACGACGUGAUCCUGGUGGGAGGAAUGACGAGAAUGCCGAAGGUGACGGAGGUGGUGAAGAAGAUCUUUGGAAAGGAGCCGAGUAAGUCAGUUAACCCGGACGAAGCAGUGGCAAUGGGAGCAGCAAUACAAGCAGGAGUGCUCAAGGGCGAGAUCAAGGACCUGCUGCUGCUGGACGUGUGCCCGCUCUCGCUGGGAAUAGAGACGCUGGGCGGAGUGUUCACGCGCCUGAUCAACAGGAACACGACGAUUCCGACGAAAAAGUCGCAGAUCUUCAGCACGGCGGCAGAUAACCAGACGCAGGUGGGCAUUAAGGUGUUCCAGGGAGAAAGAGGAAUGGCAGCAGACAAUCAGCUGUUGGGACAGUUCGACCUCGUGGGAAUACCGCCGGCGCCGAGAGGAGUGCCGCAAAUCGAAGUCACCUUCGACGUGGACGCAAACGGAAUCAUGAACAUCUCGGCAGUGGACAAGUCGACGGGAAAGAGCCAGGCAAUCACGAUACAGAGCUCAGGAGGACUCUCGGAGGAGGAGGUGGAGAAGAUGGUGAAGGAGGCCAGCAACUACAAGGAGCAGGACGAGAAGAGGAAGGAGCUGGUCGACCUGCGCAACGAGGCAGAGUCGCUGCUCUACAGCGUCGACCGCCAGCUCGAGGACUUCAAGGGGAAGCUGGGCGACGCGGAGCUCGAGGAGCUGAGGCAGAAGUCCUCGGAGCUGCGCGAGACGCUGAGCGCGGACGACGCGGCGAGGAUCAGGGAGAAGCACAAGCAGCUGCAGGACCUGUCCUGGCGGCUCUCGCAGCAGGCCUACAGCGCGACGUCGCAGCAGCCGAAGGACAGCGCAAACGCCUCGAGCACGCCGAACAACGAGGAGGAGAGUCCCACAGUAACCUCGUUUGAAAAGGUGGAUAAGUUCAUGCCCUCGAGGACGCUGCUAACCUCAGAAUGA